AGCCCGCACUUCCGGUCCGUUUGGCCAAGACCCUCGAGGAUUUCACCGAUUGGUCGCUGUUGUGCGACGGGCUCAUACUCGGCAACUUUACGUUUCUAGUAAAAUGCGACGUUGUGUGUAACAAUUUAACAGUCGCGCCAAACAUCCACGUUUAAAGUCAAUGUGAAACUUUUAGGGGUCUCUUAAAUGCCCUCUUUUGCCGUGAAUAGCGCGCAAUUUUUUUUACUUUCUGUUUUCGAGGAAGCGCCUCUCUGAUCACUGCGCAUGUGCCAAACGUCGUCCCGCACUUUUGUUUGUUUGUUAGUUUGUUUAUGUUUUUUGUUUAGUUUUUUUUCCUCGAACAUCCAAACAUUUUCGAAACCUCCCACAUUUGAAUCUGAAGCCCGCUUCCGACCGGCACUUCGUCGUCGAAUGAGGGGCCGCCCGGUGCUCGCCGCCGCCGUCGCCGCCCUCGGCGCACUCGCCUCGGCCCUGCGUUGCCGGAGCGUCGGCCCGGACGAGGCUCGGAACGAGUUGAGCGGCCCGGCGGCGGCGGGUUUCCACUCGUUCAGGGAGCGGUUUCGGCGCGAGCACGAGGUCAGCAGCGGGGAACUUGAGCGUCGUCAUCUCUAUUUUCAGGAUGCUGCGAAGCGACACGCGCUCCUGAACUCGUUUUCCGCAGCACCAGAGUCGGCCAAGUAUGGCAUCAACCAGUUCUCAGACCUUUCACAGGAGGAAUUCAGAGAUCUCUACCUGCGAGCGAGCAGUGACAGAGCUGCACCCUUCACUGGGCUGAAGACAGAGGGGCUCCCAGCCAAAUUUGACUGGAGGGACAAAGCGGUGGUGGCACCGGUCCAGAACCAACAAGCGUGUGGGAGUUGUUGGGCGUUUAGUGUGGUUGGUGCCAUGCAGUCCGUCCACGCUAUAGGAGGCUCGCGGCUGGAGCAGCUCAGCGUGCAGCAGAUUCUGGACUGCUCCUUUGAAAAUCAAGGCUGCAAUGGGGGCUCCCCGUUCCGGGCUCUGAAUUGGUUAAAACAGACCAGAGUGAAAUUAGUGCCUCAGUCAGAGUAUCCCUACAAGGCCAGGACAGGAAUCUGCCAUUUUUUCUCCCAGUCGCACGAUGGUGUUGCUGUGAAGAACUUUACUGCGCAUGACUUCGGUGGACAAGAAGAAGCAAUGAUGGGUCAGCUGGUGGAGCGUGGCCCUCUGGCUGCUGUCGUGGACGCUGUCAGCUGGCAGGAUUACAUGGGAGGGAUCAUCCAGCACCACUGCUCAAGCCAGUGCUCUAACCAUGCUGUUCUGGUUAUUGGAUACGACACUACUGGGGAUAUUCCAUACUGGAUUGUGCAGAACUCGUGGGGAACCACGUGGGGGAAUGAGGGCUAUGUUUACAUAAAAACUGGCGGCAACAUUUGUGGUAUUGCUGAUUUUGUGGCAGCAGUUUCUCUUUAACAGCAAGGUGUAUAUUUUUGUCUAUAUCAUUGUAUGUUUUUGUGUGAGCAACUUUGUGUGUGCUCACUGCUGCCAAAAUUGAAAUCAGUCGCUUUAAAUCAUGGUUUGUUUUUUUUAGUUUUUUUUUUUUAUUGAAAUGUCACCAUCUUGCAUCACCAAAACAAAAUA